AUGCCUUCUUUAACGGAAUCUGGAGCCUCAACUGCAGCUCAGUUUUUUACUUUACCUUUUCGGCGACGAAGACAGCAGUACACAAUAAGCCAGCCAGAUGAAGUUUACAAUGUGAUAUACCUGGGCAAUGUGCUGACCGUAAUGGCAAAAGGUGAAGGAUGUGUGGAUAAACCUCUCAAUUUAAUAUGGAAGACGUACUGUAGUCGCCAAAGGUCCGAUCUCCAGAUGAAGCUGUCUGUUACGCGAUCUGGUCUCAAAGCUGAAACGAAACAACAAGGCUUGACAGAAUAUUGGGCACAUAGAAUUACGUAUUGUUUGGCUUCUCCUGAUUAUCCUCGGCUGUUCUGUUGGGUUUACAAGCACGAAGGGAAGAGAAUGAAGCCUGAAUUAAGAUGUCAUGCCGUGUUAUGUCGGAAGGUUAAUGAACCAGCAGUAAUGGCAACACAUUUAAGCGAAUAUCUGCAGUCAGCUCUUCGAGAAUACCGUCGAGAAAAAAUCUGCAUGCAGAAUUCAAGGUUAUGUUCAAGUUUAACGGGACAGGUGGCCACUUGUCCGAGAAGAAAGCUUUUGCUACAAACCGGAACUUUGAACUUUCGUCCUCCAGUCAGCCGAUCACGUAGCGCGCCAAGGCUUGGUUCUAUUGAUGAAGGGGACGAAGAAAUUGAAGCUCAACAGGAAGACGAUUUUUCUGAUCUUGAUUCGUUAUGUUACCGUGAUUCUCCCGUUGCUGAUGAUGACUGCGCCUCUAGUAGUGCGGCUAGCACGUCUUCAGCUACAGUAUCGCAUAUUCCAGGUGGGAUGGAGGGUCACUCAUCUACAGCGUCAGAUAGACUUUCGUCACUAAAUUCUUGUCCGACUGCAUCGACAUCUUCUAGCCUAUGUUCAAGUGAUUCUUCAGCUACGGAGACUGAAGAAACCAGUCCAGAUUCUGGGAAUGGCGAGCAUGGUGAAGGUAAACAGAGGGAUGUUUCUGGUAAACGGUCUUCAUAUAAAGAACCAGAUUCAAUAAGUGACGAGUCGGGCUACCACGACAUAUGCUAUUCUGAUGACGACUGCCCUGUCGCCGAAGAUGACUUGGACGAAGACAUGUUAGAAUCACAAGUUACUUCCUUGUAG